AUGCAAAAUAAAAGUAAAAAAUGUCUUUGACCAUAUAACCUUACUUUUAUCUGUCAAAAAAGGUAUUAUUUUUAAUUUAAGAAAUUAGGAAAGAUUUAUACCAAAUAAUAACUUAAAAAUAAUUCAGAAGUACCUCAUUAAGCAGUAAUCAUGUUUUCAAAUUGUAUAAAACACCGUGCCCUUAUUCGUACUGUGCCUAUAUUACGACAUAACUCCACUGCCACAGAACCUGUUGCUUCUCCUGUAACUGAAGAUCAAGCAACCAAGAAGAUUUUAGAUCAUCCAGAUUAUUUUAGUGUCCAUAACUUAUUCACAGUGAAAGAUUUGUUUGAUGCCAGAGUGCACUAUGGUCACAAAGAAGGUUCAUUGAAUGACUACAUGAGACCAUACCUCUAUGGAUCCAGACUUGGCCAUUUAAUAUUUGAUUUGGACAUCACUGCUGAGCAUUUACGAAAAGCACUGAACUUCACAGCACAUAUUGCAUACAGAGGAGGCAUCAUUUGUUUUUUCAACAGAAAUGCCCUAAAUGCCCAUUUGGUUGAAAAAACUGCAAAAGAAUGUGGGGAGUAUGCACACACAAGGUUCUGGAGAGGAGGCAUUUUUACAAAUGCAAACCAUCAAUUUGGUGCUGUCACUAGAUUACCAGAUCUAUGCAUAUUCUUGAAUACACAAAAUAACAUCUUGAACCAGCACACGGCUGUUAGAGAUAGUGCAAAGAUGUUAAUACCAACUAUUGGCAUUGUGGACACCAACUGCAAUCCCAACCUUAUCACUUAUCCAGUGCCAGGCAAUGAUGAUACUCCAGCAGCCAUAGAACUAUACUGCAAGUUAUUCAAAGCUGCCAUCAUGAGAGGCAAAGAAGAAAGAAGGAAAUUUUUAGAAGAAAACAAUUAAUGUAUCUAUUACUAGAGGAAAGUGUAAUUAAACUAGUUAUUAAUGAAAA